GCGGAGCGUUCCAGCCAUUGUGGAUGCAUUUCCUGGUCAUUCAGCGCUGGCUGGGUUCAGUCUGCUUUGGAACGUCGACGCGAGGAAGUGAGCUUCCUUCAGGGCAAGGUGCAGGAGAGAGAGCCAGAACGUGCAACAUAAACAGAAGACUUCCAUUUCUCAUUUCCUGGCGCUGUUUGUUUUGGCGGAGGUUCCCCUUCCCACUAGGGGCUCCUGAUUGACAUGAAGAGCUGUUUGAAAAGCACAUUUGAAAAGCAUGUUUCUAGCCUGAAUAGGUGGAUAUUGGCGUCAUCUAUGGGGAGAAGAAGACUGCCUGUAAGCUGAGAUGGCAUUUCUGCGUUUUAGCAUCCCAAACAGGUUUUUUGAGAGGAAAAGAGGCAUUUUUACCCUGAAACUUUUGUGGUUUACACUUUCUGUGUUCAUCUUUUGUGAAUUUUUAAUUUAUUACAUAGUCAUAAUUCAUUGUCAUUGGCCACAGUUGAAAAGUCAGUCUCCAAGGGCUAGUGAACAGACUUCAGAGUUUGUCCUGAAAGCUAUGUUUUUAGCAGAUACUCAUCUGCUAGGUGAAAUCAAUGGACACUGGUUGGACAAGCUAAGAAGAGAAUGGCAAAUGGAAAGAGCCUUCCAAACUGCCCUCUGGCUUCUGCAGCCAGAAAUAGUUUUUAUCCUUGGAGAUGUCUUUGAUGAAGGAAAGUGGAGCUCUUCCCAGGCCUGGUCAGAUGAUGUGAGACGCUUUCAGAAAAUGUUUAGGCAUCCAGCCCAAACUGAGCUAAUUGUGAUUGUUGGCAAUCAUGACAUAGGCUUUCAUUAUGAAAUGAAUGCAUUCAAACUGGAACGUUUUUCUAAAGUUUUCAACUUCACUUCAGAAAAGCUGAUAACUCGAAAAGGGAUAAAUUUUGUUAUGGUGAACAGUGUUGCUCUGGAGGGUGAUGGUUGCAUGAUUUGCAGAACGGCAGAAGCAAAGCUUGCAGAACUCUCACACAAACUCAACUGCUCAUUACAGGAACAAAAUCAGUACAAGAAAAGAUGCAAUGAUGUGGAAAAGCUUCCAUCUUCAGCUCCAAUUUUGUUACAGCAUUAUCCUUUGUAUAGAAGAAGUGACUCAAAAUGUACAGGGGAAGAUUCUGCUCCUCUGGAUAAAAAGAAUGACCUUUUUAGAGAGAAGUAUGAUGUGCUUUCUCAGGAAGCUUCCCAACAGUUGCUAUGGUGGUUUCAUCCUCGAUUGAUUCUGAGUGGUCAUACCCACAGUGCCUGCGAAGUGUUGCAUAAUGGGAGAAUCUUAGAAAUCAGUGUUCCAUCAUUCAGCUGGAGGAACAGAAACAAUCCUAGUUUCAUAAUGGGCAGCAUAUCAUCGACAGACUUCUCUCUCUACAAAUGCUUCCUCCCCUGUGAGAACACGGUUAUUACUAUCUACUGUACAGCAGGAGUUGUGUUUGUGGUCUUCACACUAGCUCACUUUCUGCCUUUCACUUCCCCAUUUCAUUUUGUUCAGCAUUUAAUCACUAAGUAUAAAGCACUAUGAAGAGUCAGACACUUGUAAUCGGUCACUGACACACCAAAGCUAAAGAACAGUCCAUCAGACUACAUUCAUGCCAGCAAAUGCGUACUUGAAUUGCUAGCCCAAAGGCAAGUUGCCUUUACAUACAGAAAUUCCUAGACAGUUGAUAUGACUUUUACUACAGGAUAAUUAACUUAAUGCUUCAUGCUGUACAAAAAUAUUGUAUUCUACAAUCAAAUGAAUAAUUUUUUUGCUAAAGUUUUUGUAUCAAAUAUGUAUAUUAAAAGUUUGUAACUGUACACUA